GUUUCAGAAAAUCUCAAAUUCCGUUUCAGCAUGUCAGAAAACAGAAAUUCCGUUUCCCCAUAGACUUUGUACACACGGAAAAGUGACAAUUCCGUUUACACAUUGAAUAGCAAAAUCACAACACGUACACUCGCACUGGUCAAAAUUUGUAUCUGCUACUGUACCAACAACACAAUAGAAUCCGUUCUAAUCGGAUCUAUGCGGGUGCAUAAAAUAUUUUUAUAAACCCAUUUAGCAUGCAUACAUCCUCACCUUUCACAUUAUUAGCAUUAUUUUACGGUGAAAUGAUAUUUCCUCGAUAAUUUUGGGUUUUUUUGGACAUCGUUAUCAUCAGUAAACGGCUUUUGCCAAUCCGCCAUCUUGGAUUUUAAGACCACGAUAUCGUGCUGUUACAUCUUCUAAUGUAGAGGACAGCAACACACGACCGUGUAGUUGAACGAUAUGUGUGCAUGUGAAGCCCAACCCGGCCGGCCGGGCGCCUGGUACGGUUGCGGGGUACAAUCGAGUGUGGUGAUGUCAAGUGCAGUCAUGAUGUGUGAAUUGUCAUGAUAGUAGCGAAGUGAGAUCGUGUUUUCUGGGGUUUUGUGGCCAUUUAAUAUUCUCAUUUUGUUGUGAUUUUGGAGUAAUUUUUGUUGCUAUUCUGUGUAUUUUGAGGGAAAAUACGUUUUCCGUGAUUUUCCGUUUGAAAUGCCACUUUCCGUUUCAAAAGGCCCUUUCCGUGAAUUCCGUCCAUUUUCCGCGAUCGCGGAAAAUCACUGUCCCUACACAGUUUCACACAGGCCGACUUGACUUAUCAGCAAAUUUCUCCACCAGAACAGAAGUUGUACGCUAAAGACCAUAUCUGGAGGCAGAAAGUUCAUUCACCUGUCAUUGUGCCGACAUCAAUCGAGUGCGCUAGUGAAUAUAAACAUAUCAGGUUUCAUAACAUAAUUAUUCAAGUCAUGAAAAUAGACGGUGAACUAGGGGGAAUCGAGGUCACUGACUCUAAAUUUUAGCAUUCUCCCUGUAACUGCAGUAUAAUGUUAUGUCCUGCAGGGCUGGGGUAAGUGAAAAAAAAAAAGUCCCCUUAAACAGGGACAAUCUCAAUCAAGACAUGAUUUGUCUUGGUUUAUGAGGAUAUCCUUGUUUUCUGGAACAAAACCAAUUUUUGGAUCAGCGCCUCUACGAAUGACAAGUCUCUCAUUCUCACACUUGGAAUAGAUCUAGAUCUACCUCAGGCUGAGGUAGUUCAUCAGACAUUGCCAGUAAUGUAGACCUGUAGGCAGGCUCAGCCUCAGGUUUGUUCGUGAAAAUCUAGAGUAACCUGCCCAGAAAUGGACAAGUUAAACCUUUUUGCAAUAUUUUUGUUCUAAAAUGUCUUAUAACAAAAUAAAAUUUGCAUCAGUAUUUGUUGAAUAAAUUUUUAAUUGCAAUGUUUACUCUCCGUUCGACAUAGCGCAUUGCUUGUUCAAAUGUCAAUGCAUGCACGUGCCGCUGAAUUGCACCAAAUCAAAUGCGAUAUGAAACCCCAAAGUUACAGUGGCCAUUAUUCGCUCCCGCAUUAAACUCAGACCCCAUGUCUAAUUCCAUGUUUUUCGUAAAAUGGAUUAAUCUGGUCAAUUAAUUACUCUAAAAAGAUAAAUUAAAAGUCCAUUCUUGGUCUUGAAAGAUCAACACUUUACAGUAAGUGACUUCAAACACAUUUCCAACACAAAAAUGAGUACAUGGGACUCUACUGUGUAUUUUGAAAUCAUGCGGCGGCGAUCUUUCAGGACCAAGAUUGAACUGUUAAUUUAUCUUUUUAUUUUCAGUAAUUGACCAGAUAAAACCACUUUUUAGAAAAUUUCGACUUUGGAUGGAAGAAUAUUUCAUAUUUGGAAUAUGAAUUUUCUAGUAUAAUUAGCAUAGCUCUGAAAGCAGGUUUGUUGUAUCCUGUUUCAACUUUCCGGAUUAAUUAUUUCCCGAAUGUGAUCAGGGUGCAUGCGUUGCUUUGCUUUGACUCUUUUUAUCUUUCCUGUUCUUUAGAAAUUCUUCUUGUACAUGUAUUUCUGCCCUUAUUCUUUCAUAUCUUUUUUAUUUCUUUUAUAUUAUUAUGCACGUUUUGGAAGGUGAAAAAUAUAUUUUACCAUUACUUUGUCAGUUAUGAGUAAGGAAUUUAAUGUUUAUGUCUUGUCUAUUUUUUUUUCUUUAAUACAAAACGAUUAUUGAUUACAAUUACGAUCGAUUACGGCCAUACUAAUUUAACCACACUUUUACACCAAGUUUAGCUUCAAAUGUUCUCUUAUUUUUUAAGACAAAAAUUCAUGUGUAAACAAAUUAUGAAAUUGAUAGCAAUUGAAUAAAAUACUAGGCCGAACCUUUCCUAGUGGAUUUUUAACUUAUUUUGUGUGGAAUUCUUAUUGUGCACAAUCACUUACCAAUCAAAUGUUUGAAUAAUUGUAUACUUAUAUUUAUUUUGCCCCUUCCUAAACUUUGUUCAGUGAAACUUGGUGGAAUUAAUGUGCCUGAAUUUUUGUCCUUACCAAACCACUGACUGGACCAAGCCCUUGUGUACGGUUCUUCUUGUGUACGGCAAACUUUCGUUUUGUUUGGCGGUUAGGCCACAGAACUUUAUUGAGGAUAAAAAGACUAAAAAUGUGUUUUGGCCCUUAAUCCUUAUUUUUCUAUUUUAAAUUCUCUAUUGGCAGGAUGUUGCAAAGGUUUUAUCAAGAUUAUUUUCUGAUGUGAUGCUUUAAUGCAGUUGUUCAGUAAUUAAUACAAUGCCGGUUGGUAAUGCAAUCACUCACUAUACCUGACUCUGUUGUAGAGUAAAGCACCCAAAUUUGACUUGUGCUGAGAUAAUAAUAAUAAUAAUAUAGGGUAUUUAUAUUGCGCACAUAUCCACCUUGUUAGGUGCUCAAGGCGCUCCUAUAUUACCCGGCUAAGCUAGGCGUUCAUAGCGCACACAGCUUUUUAAGGAAUUACUUCCUACCGGUACCCAUUUACCUCACCUGGGUUGAGUGCAGCACACUGUGGAUCAGUUUCUUGCUGAAGGAAAUUACGCCAUGGCUGGGAUUCGAACCCACGACCCUCUGUUUCAAAGUCCGAAGACUAAUCCACUGGGCCACAACGCUCCAUUUGACCACCAAGAUCAUUUUCAUAUUAAAGCCAGCACAUCAAUCACUACAAUUCAUCAAACUAAUUGCCCAUUGACUGCAUUCAUUGGAUAACCAAGCUCCUCAAACCUCACAGCGAUUCGUAGACCGCUGAUUGAUUAAUCACGCAGAUCACAUCAAUUGCAUGUGAUCACCUACAGUAAGUGCAAAAGGUAUGCAAAGUUAGCAAUAUAUCCGGCCACCUUUCCUACACAUGAAAUGGUCUUUGCAUGUGAUCGGAUUGCUUUUAAGUAUCAAUAAAAUCAUCUUUGUUGGUUUUCCUCUUACGGUCUUCGUCUUCACAAUUGUACCAAAUGUUUCCAGUAUAUAAUUCUUUUUGUGUGUGUGUGGUUGCAGGUACCUGAUAGACAGCAAGUGGUUCAAACAGUGGAAGAAAUUUGUUGGAUAUGAUAGCUGGGAUGUCUAUAACAUGGGCAAUGAUGCCUGUAACCCAGGGCCAGUGGACAACUCUGGGAUCUUUGUAGAGGGUGAUGUAGGUAACUUGAAGGAGCAUUUGAUUGAUGAGCUUGACUUUGUUUUGGUUCCUACCGAAGCAUGGGAUACACUGACUGCAUGGUAUGGUGCUGUUAAGGAUCAGCCUCCAGUGCACAGGAAGGUUGUUGAGUAUGGCAUGUUUGUCAAACACUGUAAGGUGGAGGUUUAUUUGAUGGAGCUCAAGCUAUGUGAAAACAGCAAUCUAGACAACAUGGUGCCUCAAAAGUUUAGUAAAGCUGACACUAUUGAAACUAUUGAAAAGGAAAUGAAAAGACUAUUCAAUAUUGAAAAUGAAAAGGAGACAAGGAUAUGGAAUAAGUACAUGAGCAAUACGUAUGAGCAAUUAAGUAAGAAAGAGAAUACAGUUCAAGAUGCUGGGCUGUAUCAAGGACAGGUCCUUGUGAUAGAGCAAAAAAAUGAAGAUGGUACAUGGCCAAGGCAACCAGCAAGCAAUAACAGCACUACCAAUAGUUCAUAUAAAGAUAGUUCUAGUAGUACAUCAACUAAUAGUAGUAGAUACAUAACAAACUCAACGGGAAGAAGUUCAUAUAGCUACCCAUCAUACAGCAGUACCAGUAGUUCUGAUUAUGGUCGCUCUAUCAAGCCAUCAGUCCAGGAAGGUUUAUGUGGUCUUGGUAACUUGGGCAACACAUGUUUUAUGAACUCUGCCUUACAGUGUAUGAGCAAUGUUCCUCCUCUCACUAGAUACUUCCUUUCGAAUGAGCAUAAGAAAGAAUUGAAUUAUGACAAUCCCCUUGGUAUGCAUGGAGAGAUAGCUAAAGCCUAUGCAGAUCUCAUCCAACAGAUGUGGUCUGGUCUCAACUCAUACCUCAUACCAAGGAACUUCAAGAUGCAAGUUGGUAGAUUUGCCCCUCAGUUCUCUGGUUACCAGCAGCACGACUCCCAAGAAUUAUUAGCUUUCUUAUGUGAUGGUUUACAUGAAGAUCUUAAUAGAAUACAGAAGAAACCUUAUGUUGAGCUUCGAGACAGCGAUGGAAGGCCAGAUGAGGUUGUUGCUGACGAGGCAUGGGCAAAUCAUCUGAAACGAAAUGACUCAAUAAUUGUUGACCUCUUCCACGGCCAAUUCAAGUCGACAUUAGUUUGUCCUGAAUGUCAGAAGAUAUCUGUGACCUUUGACCCUUUCAGUUUCCUUAGUUUACCCCUCCCUACCAAGAAAGAGAGGACAAUGGAGGUGUUUCUCAUCAGACUAGAUCCGAAAUCAAAACCACUCCAGAUGAAAGUAGUUGUACCAAAGCAUGGUAUGGUGUAUGACCUGUGCAAAGCAAUAUCCAAAGUAUCACAGAUCUCCCCAGACAAGAUGGCAGUUACAGAUGUCUACAAUCAUAGAUUCCAUAAAGUGUUUGCGCCCAAUGAUAGGGUGGAAAGCAUCACAGAAAGAGAUGAUAUCUUUGUCUAUGAGGUUCCAGUGAACAGUGCUGAUGAUCCAGAUACCAUCAUUAUACCUGUCUAUCUCAGGGAAAGAAAUUGUAAGAGAGGAAGCUUCAGCUAUUCAUCUAGUAGCUAUUCAUUGUUUGGUCAACCUAUGCUGAUUGCAGUACCUCGUAAACAUACUACAUACCAAGAUCUAUACCAGAUCAUCAUCAAUAAAAUGAGUUAA